GGAUUCCAGUUUCCAUAAUGAUUUCUUGAACAGGGCUCAUGUGCUUGGGGGGGACAAAAGGCAAAUGUAUCGUGUAUGGUUUUCAGUGCGAGCGUGUAUCCGGUCAAUCUGGUCCAUGAUAUUAAUAAUGCAUUGAGAUAUCAGCACUUUAUUGGGUGCAAAAAUAUCAAAGUCUAGUAAUUGGUAUCUCUUUGGUGCACCAUUGAUGCCAUGGAUCCGGUCCAUUGAAUUCUUUCUUGUUGUGUGCAGCCACCCUCUACAAAAAGAGUACGUGUAGUUUAAAGGAGAUUGAAUAAAUACAUAAGUUUCCGUUCAAGGUUUUUGACCGUGGAUUCUUCUUGGAGUUGUUGCCACCCGAUUUUGAAGCUAUAUAUUGUCCAAUUCUCUCAGAGGGAGAUGGGAUGCGCUGGUUGCUUCAGUUUCUUGAGGAAAUUCCACCGAUCUGUACUCUCAUUGAAUGAGACAUCUGACCAGUCUUCCCAAGAUUUUUUGCUGCCUCACAGCAUGGAAGAUGCCUAUUCUUACAAUGGAGGCAGUGAUUGUAGCUCUUGGCGACGCGGUAGGAGUUCUGAGGAGAUCCUUUUAGCAAGAGCUCGAAAGGGAUUGAUAUGCAGAGAAGUGCCAGUGAAUGAAACUCGGAAGGUCACUAUCUCUGAGGAUGAAAAUGGAAAUAAGAUGAUUAAUGAGUAUGUUCGGGAGCGCAAAAUUGGGUCUGGAAGCUAUGGCAAAGUGGUUCUGUACCAAAGUGUUAAAGAUGGAAAACAUUAUGCAGUAAAGGUUUUCCACAAAUCGCAUUUGUUGAAGUUGCGGGUGGCACCUUCAGAAACUGCCAUGACCGAUGUUCUUAGGGAGGUGUCCAUCAUGAAAAUGUUGGAUCAUCCCAAUAUAGUGAAACUCAUUGAGGUGAUUGAUGACCCACUCAUAGACAACUUCUACAUGGUUCUAGAGUAUGUAGCAGGCAAAAGGAUGUGUGACUUUGAUUCUUGUCCAAGAGAUGGUAUUGGAGAAAGUGAAUCAAGAAGAUAUCUACGAGAUGUUGUUUCUGGUCUCAUGUAUCUCCAUGCUCAUAAUAUUAUCCACGGUGAUAUCAAACCAGAUAACCUCUUGGUGACGAGCACUGGAAACGUAAAGAUAGCAGAUUUCAGUGUCAGUCAAGUCUUUGAGGACAACAAUGAUGAGCUCCGCCGAUCUCCAGGAACUCCUGUUUUUACAGCCCCCGAGUGUUGUUUAGGAUCAAGUUAUCAUGGUAGAGCUGCUGAUACGUGGGCUUUAGGGGUUACUUUAUAUUGCAUGGUUUUGGGUCAAUACCCAUUUCUUGGAGAGACACUACAGGACACUUAUGAUAAGAUUGUUAAUAACUCUUUGACGCUUCCUGAUGACAUUAAUCCCCAAUUGAAGAGUUUGUUGGAAGGGCUUCUCCACAAAGAUCCCAAGCAACGAAUUACUUUGAAUGCCGUUGCAGAUCAUCCUUGGGUCAUAGGAGAAGAGGGUCCAAUCCCAGAGUUCUUGUGCCAUUGCAGGCAAAAAAAAUCGUCAUGCUCCCCUUGCAGUUCAAGGACUUGCUUUGAAUGCUGUUGCUGAGCAUCCUUGGAUAUCUUUGGACAAAAUUCUUCCCUUAGAUUUCAGCAGAAUGCUGAUCCUGGCAAUGGAAGUAGUUAUCCUACUAUUUAGUCCUUUUUGUAGCUUGAAAUGUGGGGGCAUGUAGCUUGAAGUAUGUUGUCAUAGUAAAUUAGUAAUCAGUUAUACGGCAUCUUAGGCUUCUUUGGGUUGGAUAUUGAAGUACCAAUUUGCAAAUAUUGUUGCAUAUGAUUGUAAAAGCUAUACUUAACAGCAUGACAAACAGUUAUUUUUAAACACCAUUCAUACAGA